CCCGUUUAGAAGAGUACCUACGAAGGUCGCAGCCUAGUUCAUACCCGCCAGUUCUACACCUGAAAGCGGCCAAGACCUGGGCUGGCGGUGUCCCGGAUAACCCGCCUCUGACCCCGGAUUUCGAAGGCCGAAGCAUUUGCUGGUGGACCACCACGACGAUCAUUCCCCCGGCGGUCAGGAUCCAACAAUUCAUGGGGGAAGGCGGGAGGGUCCGGUACUGUGGCCUACCUACCCCAUGCACUGCUGAAAGCAUUGGACCCUUAGACUUCCGCACCGCGACCGAAGAGGCUGUUGAACGGUGCCCCCACAAAACUGCACACUCAGUGAAGGCCUACAACAUGGUACCUCGGAUACAGUCGGUUCUUUGGUUUCCUGUGGUUAGGACAGCCGUCAUUCUUGCUUUCGUUGUGGCUUCUAGCUUUCUACAGCGCCGACCAACAAUCUGGGGCGCCUGGGCCCGGUGUAUCCCAUGCAUGGAUGCUUGAGUACGGUGACAUUUGUCAUUCAGUUCUGCAGACGGCCCCGGGCCGUGGCGCUAUGGGUGUCGUAUGUGUUCACUGCUUUGGCACUGA